GAGGCUCUUGAAAACGCACCACGCCAAGGCUGGGCUCAGAGAGCACCCAAGCGACACUGCAGGCAGGACAGGCGGAGGCAGGCAGCCAAGUGCCGCGGCACUCAACAGGUACCAGCAGGUCUCUGCCCAGGGUUUUGCAGUCAGCACUGGAGAUGGCGUUCGUGCCCGAUUUGGACACGCUGGAGAGCAGCAGCCUGAACGAGGAGACAUUUUAUGGCCCAAACGGCCUCUGCCCACAGAAGAAAUCCCGCCUGGACUUGGAGGCAACAUCACCCGGAGUGGACAUCCAGGUGAUGGUGACCAAGGCACAACCUGCUAAGACCUUUCGCCAGGCUGCCGUCCUUGUGGUGGCCGUGACCAAGCUCCUGAAGCAGCCAAUGCACAAGGACUUUGCCGACAGUGACCUUGGGGCCUUCCUGGAUGAUAUUUUUGAGCCCGUCUCCUUCCAGCAGAUCAAGAGCAGCUAUGCUGGGGCACCUGUCUACCGCUACACCCGCUCCCAGUCCUUCGACAUUUUUGACAUCGACCAGAAGUGCUUCGUGCUGGAGUCACCCACCCAGCUGGUGGCCCUGCACCUGCAGGGACCCUCCGCCGGGCGGAAAGUGAAGCUCAACAUCGCUCUGUACCGUCCCCAGCUAUCACAGGGUGGCCCAGGGACCUGGCAGAUGCCGGUGGCAUUGGGCAUCAAGGGCUACCAACUCUACCUCUCAUGCGUGAUGAGUGGUGCUGAGCCCAUGCUGCAGCUGGAGGAAGCCGACAUCAAAAGGGACAUCGAGAGCGUGGAGCUGACCCGCUUCAUCUUCUACCGUGUGGACAGCCUGCCAGAGAAGACAACGCGCUUCGAGUCAGCCGCCUUCCCUGGCUGGUUCAUCUGCACAUCCCUGCAGCCCCACCAGCCAGUUGGCAUCACCAACCAGCCCGACCAGGUCAACAUUGCCACCUACAAGCUGAUCAGGCACUGAGGAGCCCCACACCCAACCCAACCGGCAGUCACCGGUUUUCAAGCUGUAUGUACCGAGUACAACCCCUCCCACCAGGACCCUUGUCCUGCCCACCUAUUUCAAGUGAAAUAGCAGCUCUAGGCCCCGUGGGCCCGAGCCACCCUAAUUUAUACGUAUUUAUUGUGUCCGCCCCUUGCUUUUCAUUUGUAUGUAUUGUGUUGGAAACGCUGCGGUCUUGUUAUUGGGAAUGGGGCUAUUAGCGAUGGAGUUGAAAAUAAAAGAUUUC